GCGCAUUAAAUCAGUGCUUUGUUGCUCCUGAUUGUAAAGCCGAAGUUCUGAUUGAUAAUUCUGCAUUAGUUGCGAAUUCAAUCCCAGGUAUUAGAUCACUGAAUGUGCUCUCUGAUUCUGAAGGCAUCAUCUCACCUUCUAGCAAUCUUGUCAUUGAUUUUAGAGGACUGCUCUAUGAUUAUAUGUUAGCCAGUAUGGCUCAGUUAUCUAUUGAUGUAAACAAUUUCUCCAUAGAUGGAGAGUGGUGA